CGAUUGGUCUGAACAACAGCAUUUCUUUAAUUGUUUACCUUAAUCAAUCUGUUGCAAACAAUUAAGUUAAUUGAGUUUAAUUUUUAAUUCCAAUGGGUUUUUAAGAGUAUUUGGUGUGAGGCUAAUUAGCGGUCAUCUUGCGGCAUCCAAAUCUCGCUCAGUUUACUUUGUAUUAUCUAUGGAAAGUUCGAAUAAAAGGAGAAAGAAAAGCCGCUGGGGUGGUGAUGAUAAGGUUGUUAUUCCAGGCUUACCUACUAAUUUACCUGUCAAUUUAUCUAGUGAACAGGAAAGAAUAUACCUUUUACAAUUACAGAUAGAAGACUUGACACGAAGAUUGAGAACAGGAGAUUUGGAAAUUCCUACGAAUCCAGAAGAAAGAUCACCAUCACCUGAGCCCAUUUAUAACAAUGAAGGUAAACGUCUGAAUACUCGGGAAUUUAGAACACGGAAAAAGUUGGAAGAUGAGAGACAUAACCUAAUUCAGGAGAUGGUCCUAAUUAACCCUUCAUUCAAACCACCAUCUGAUUACAAACCACCACAACAAAAAAUUAGCGAAAAAGUUUUAAUUCCACAAGAAGAAUAUCCAGAAAUUAAUUUUGUAGGACUUUUAAUCGGUCCCAGAGGAAAUACUUUGAAAGGAAUGGAAAAAGAUUCUGGCGCUAAAAUAAUUAUUCGUGGCAAAGGAUCUGUAAAAGAGGGGAAAAUUGGUCGGAAAGAUGGUCAACCCAUGCCGGGUGAAGAUGAACCGCUUCAUGCUUUUGUAACUGCGAGCACUCAUGAAUCGGUUCUAAAAGCUGUCCAAAAGAUAAAAGAUGUAAUUCGCCAAGGAAUUGAAGUCCCAGAAAACCAGAACGAUUUACGAAAGAAUCAGCUUCGUGAACUCGCUUUAUUAAAUGGAACCUUAAGAGAAACUGAUGGACCAAAAUGUUUUAAUUGUGGCUCAUCGGCUCAUCGUAGUUGGCAAUGUCCAGACAAACCAAAUGUUACCAAUAAUGUGAUUUGUAGCAAUUGUGGUGCCAAAGGACACAUUUCAAAAGAUUGUAAAGAAAAGAAACUUCCACAAAAUGCAAAUUCUUCUAAAAUAGAUGAGGAAUAUUUGUCUCUUAUGGCCGAAUUAGGAGAAGGUCCACGUCCACCAAAAAUGAAUCAUUCCUCGGGUGGUGUCGGUGGUAAUAGUAGUUUAGGUGGAUCAGGUCCAAAUUUUAGUGGACCUGGAGGUCCUCCAAGAGCGAUCACCGCUGGCACCGGGCCAAGAGACUCACAUGGCCCAUCUCAAUCACAAUCUCACCAUCCUGGUAAUCCACAUCAUUCAAACGUUCAACAAAAUGGCUCCUGGUCUAGAAAUGAUAAUCAAUCAGUGGUACAACCGCCUUAUUGGCAAUCAACUCAAAAUCAAACGGCUUAUGGCUACGGUUCUUCUGCUGGUGUUUCCCCUUCUACCGCUUAUCCUCAAAUGCCCGCUGUUGAUUCAUAUUCUUACAUGUACUCCCAAGCCCAAACAGCCAAUUCGAAUCCUUGGUUACAACAAGGAUGGUCGCAAAAUGCCAACAUGACUGUAGUUCCAUCUCCACCUCCUCCACCUCCACCUCCUGAUGGACAAAGAACACCAACAACCCCAACAAACUCAACAUCUUGGAUGGGCUAUAUGAACAUGGCUGGAGUCUCAUCGAUCGGAUUAAAUGCACCUCCACCUCCACCUCCUCCUCCAAGUGUCCCUACAAUACCCGCUGGUCUCUAUGUAGCACCGCCUCCACCUCCACCACCACCACCUCCACCCAGUUAAUAGUUUCAUAUUAUUAACUAUUCUAAUUCUACUUUUUUUUCAACUUAUGAUCUUCUUUUUUUGGAUCAAACUUGAUUUAUUAUUCAUUUAUUUUAUUUAUCAUGAAAUAAGUGACCUAUUACGGCCGUCAUAAUAUGACUGAACGCCUUCUAGUGGCACCACCAUUGAGCGGUCAUAUCACAUAACAACCGCUCAGACAGAGGAAGAGAGAGAGAGAGAGUGA